AGGGGCGGCGGCGGGUGCGCGCGUGAGGGAGCGAGCGGCGGGCGGGCGGAGCGGGCGCGGGCAGCCGAGCCGAGGGCGGUCAGUGGUGGCCCGAGGCGGGAGGAGCCGGGCGGUGUCCGUCGCUCGGUGACUCUCCGCCCUCGAGCGGGUUUCCUCAGGGAGAAGUUCCCCCCUCCCCGUGGCGCGCAGAGGAACCACCGUCCGUUCUGCCGCCCCUCCGGCGAAGCACUACCUCAGCUUCCCGCUCGCCGUACCGGGCAGCGCUCCGCUGUCCUCAGCCCGCCUCUCGCGGGCGGCCUCGUUCUCCCAGCAUGACUCUCCGCCGACGCUUAGCCCUGCUGGCUGCCCACCUGCAGGACCCACGGAAAGUGGCCGCCUUCCAGCGUCUCUGUGGCGUUGAGGGGCCUUCGGGCUGGGCCGACGCGGAACAGCGAGCUGGAGGUGGGGGGCCAGUGGUUAACGGCGGGCCUCCGGCCGCGGAGCGAGUGGGAGAGCAAGGGCAUCCCGCCGGCAACGGGACCGUGCCCGGCGGGGCGGUCCCCCCGCAGCGGUGGAGGAGGAGGCCGCGCCGCAACUCUCUCACGGAGGAGGACGGCAGCCAGGAGUUCUCCACCCGUAGCCGCUUCCUUUACUAUCUCUUCAGUCUGGGAACGGAGCUGGGCAAUGAGCUUUUCUACAUCCUCUUCUUCCCCUUUUGCAUCUGGAACUUGGACGCCUGGCUGGGGCGGAGGCUUAUCAUCAUCUGGGUGUGGGUGAUGUACCUGGGGCAGUGCACCAAGGAUGUCAUCCGCUGGCCGCGGCCUGCCUCCCCGCCCGUGGUGAAGCUGGAAGUCUUCUACAACUCCGAGUAUAGCAUGCCCUCCACCCACGCCAUGUCGGGCACCGCCAUCCCCCUGGCUCUCCUGCUGCUCAGUUACGGCCGCUGGCAGUAUCCCCUUAUGUUUGGAUUGAUCCUUGCAUUCUGCUGGUGUUCUUUGGUUUGCUGUAGUCGCAUUUAUAUGGGAAUGCAUUCAAUUUUGGAUGUUAUUGCUGGAUUUCUGUAUGCUGUUCUCAUCUUGAUUGUCUUCCAUCCAGUUGUGGACCUGAUUGAUAACUUCAACUUAACUUACAAAUAUGCACCCUUAAUUAUCAUAAGCUUGCACUUAGCCCUGGGCAUCUUCUCAUUUACUCUAGACACUUGGAGCACAUCACGAGGAGACACAGCUCAGAUACUGGGCUGCGGUGCUGGAGUAGCCUGUGGCUCUCACGUUAACUACAUAAUGGGUCUGAAGCUAGAUCCUUCUCCCGAUUCAUUACCUUUAUCUCUUUCUUCUCUCACUGUGACUGUGUUUGGAAAAGCCAUACUGCGGUUGUUGAUUGGAGUAAUCGUUCUGUUGUUAACGAAAGUAGCGAUGAAAAAAGCUACCAUUCCACUGGCAUGUAAAAUAUUUCGCAUACCACAUGAGGAUGUACGGAAAGCAAGACAGCGCAUGGAAGUUGAGCUUCCCUAUCGCUAUAUUACAUAUGGAAUGGUGGGGUUCUCUCUCAUGUUUAUUGUUCCUUGCCUCUUCCAUUUUAUUGGCCUUUCCUGAUGCAGUUUAUUGUUAAAUGAGGAGAACAGAGCUAGUUGCUUUUUGAAGAGCUGCACUAGUUUGCAAAGGGAAGAUGGGUGAGCUUGGCUUUAGCAGGGUCUUCACUUUAACAGCAAUACAUGGCAGGCAAAGCAUUUAAAGAACUUUGCACAUCUUUGGGUAUGGUAUGGGGCCACAAGUCAAAUAUCAGUCCACAAGAAGUGCUAAAACUCUUUAAAUGCUAUGUCUAGGCUUAUUGCUGCACCUGAGUCUGUAUGCGUGUGAUGCAGUGAAUGUAUCUGAAUGUCUGUCACACCCUACCUGUAUACCUUGAGGUUUUAACAGGUGUCUGACAGCUCAUCAGAAAGCUCCAUUAAUGAUCUGUUUGCCAUUUCAUAGUAAUUUAUUCAAGUUGUUGGACCAUAGACUGUUAAAUUUGCUUUCCUUUCUUCUUUCCUGAAGUCUUGCUUCAAGAUGUUUCAGUUAAUAGGCAUUUCCCGUGGACCAAACUUGUAAUGAGGUUGAAUUUUUCUAAAAAACCCUAACCCUACAAAACAAAACCAAAAAGAAAAGCCCAAACCUGAACACAAGUCUUUUUGUUUACCUCCCUCUAGAAUAAAAUGUCUGGAUGGGCAUUGGUAGGUAUCACUAACACGUAUGAUUCAGGUACUGUAUUUUAUGGUUUAAUGAUCGUGCCUUUCUGUUGCUAAAUUAAGAAAUGCCAUAUAUACUGUGAUGAAAAAAAAUCUAAUUCUAUUUAAAAUGCAACAUAAUUAGGCAGAUACUUUUAAAUGUUAGAUUGCCCACAUUGCUGACAUGGUUCGAGUUAAUGCAAAUGUGCAGUUUAGCUUAAUCAGAAUUGCAUAUAUGAGAUGACCCAAGAAUUGUGUCCUUAAGCUCAAGGUAUUGUAAAUGGACAAUAACCCCUUUUGUAAGUAUUUUUAAUGUGUAUUGAAAGUUACUGGAAGAGGAUAUAUUUUUCUGAAGAUUGUUUAUACAGUGGACAGAUGCUCAAAAUUAAUUAUCUAAACAUACAAACAAUAAAAAGCAGCCCAUUCUGCAAGGAAAGGGGUCUCACUUAUUCAAACCAAUUGAGAAAGACCAUUGGGUUUAGAUGUUUGCUUAGAAAUAAUCCUUAUUCUAGAGAAAAUAUCUGUAUUUUUGUGCAUUAACAUUCAAUAUUUAAAGGUGAGAGUCACUUUUACCUGAUUUAGAUAGCGAUAAGACUGUAUAAUGAUCAAAUUAAAUUUUUAAUCAUUCUGAUAGGCAGAUUGUGAGCAGUCAGGACAGUAUGGUCAAUACAUCAAUAGAUUGUGCAUAUCUAACUUUAUGAAUUAUUAGGCACUUUUCAGCCUUUCAUGAUCCUUUUCUUUAAGUGAUAAGUAGAAUAUGACCUUUCAACUAAUUUCAUGUGCCUGUUUUGUGUUUCAUUUUGUCUAUGUUAAUGUGUUGCCUAAUUUGGUUGUUUUUAUCCCAUGUCAGGAAAUGUUAUAUUGCAGCAAGAGCUGUCAUACUGGCUGGCCAUAAGCUACUUACUUUCACAUUGUACUGUUUUGGUCAGAAAAACCAUGAUCUUUGUUGUGCAGUAUAGCGAUGAGAGAGAAUGCAAAGCUUUGUAAACAGUGUUUGGAAUUGGAAGGCUUUUUUUUGUAUUGGAGCUCAUACCUCCAGACUGUUAAUAUGUAAAUUAACACAAUUAUCUUCCUGUGUCUCUCCUCAAAGCAGUAAAAGUAACGGUACACUGGCCUUGGAUGAUGUGAAAAGCUGGCUUUCCUGAUGCAUCUCUUCAGUGCAUUCUGAAUGCACUGCUAUGAAUGUAUUUAAACUGAUGUAUUCAGAACUGAUAGUGUGUUAAACGACUUCUGUAGCUGAAAAGACCUUACCUAGUAGAAAAUGGUUGUUUCAGUGCAUAUUUCUGGAUUUGAAUUUUCUGUGUGUUCCUCUUCACUGUUUAAUGCUGAAUGUGCAGAAAAGGUAAAUUGGUUUCCAAGGCUUUUAUGAAGGGAUUUCCACUGGUUUGGCUUUGCCACGUUAAAAUAGUAAUUAAAUGAAUAGCUGGGGGGAAAUGUACACAAAAUGCCUUAUGCUUAAAGCCCUGAGCAAGUUGUGUAUCUCCAAUUACAUUAGUCUGAUGACUUGUGAAAAUAAUAGGCUAUCUUUCUCCUUAAAUAGGAUGUACUCUCCUUAAAUACCUUAGCUUUACAAUUGAUGGUGAAAAAUGUUUAAAUUCUGGCACAGGAGACAAACAAGCAUAAGUAGUAUCUAUUUUUCUUUUUAAGGUACAUAUUUGACUUCUGGGAAGUUCAGAUUUACAUCAUGAGUGCCCUUAAAACUGCCCUUUCUAGCUGUGCUUGCUCUGUUGUGCUAUUAAGGGAAAGUAAUCAAAUGUGGAAGGUCUAGAAUGGGUGAAAACAUCAGUAAGGACUUUGAAGAGGCUAAGGAAAACUGCACUGUUGCACAUUCUACUGUUAUGAAUACUUAUUUUCUGUUUUCUUGUAUUGGGUAACUUCAAAAUGUCAUGUUCCAUGUACCACAUCGUCUGGUACACAAGAAAUGUACAUCAGAAUGUAAAUGCAGCACCUUUGCAACCCUGUCUCCAAGAAUGCAACUACUUCACUGAAGUUUACAUGAGGAAAGUUUUACUAUUCUAUUUCAUGUUUUGUUAGAAGCUGUGUGCCAGAGGGCAGUUUAGCACAAAAGAUCAUGCAAUAUGAAUACUGGUACAAAGUAAAGAACCACAGAAAUGCAAAAAUGCAAAAAUCCAGUUUAAAUACUUGCAGUGUAUUUUUGUUUAAUAACCUGAGUUCCCUUCAAAUCGGGCCUGACAAAAGAGCAGGUCAAAGUGGAACACUUCCUUUACCCUAGGCUAUUCCUAGAGUUCAAGAAGAAAAAAUGUCACUAGUAUGAUCUGGCACCAAAGUACUUAUAAACUUAGCAUAGCUUUAAAAAGUAGUCAAAUAUCUUCUCAGAAGGAAUGAUAUGCUUGAAACCUUUCAUGAAGUGGUGCAAAAACAGUCAUGUCACUGCUAUUCAACUUCCUCAGCUCCAGGUUGUAUAGUCCCAAAAAGUGAAAUAGCACUGGUUUAUGGAAGUAGAUACAAAUACACAUUUGUUACAAAAAGCUAUGAGUUAAAGUUGUCUUAUUUGAUUACUUUCACAAAAGAAAACCUGUUGUGUAGAUUUUUAACUUGGCACAAAAUUCUAUGUUCCAAGAGGCUGAAGUCUCAGGUUGCCUUAAACACAGGAGCAGGAUUUUCUCUGACUUAGCCCUCAGUAAGAACUACGAGUUGCAUCUUGGGUAAGUUUUUAAGAAUUUGGUAUCUUGCAAAUGUUUCAAGUUGAUUUAGAAAACAAACAAACAAAAAAACCCUAACAAACUAUUACUGCUGGUACCAAGGACUUGAGUGGAAAUGUCUUCUGUGUGAUCACCUAUGAAGCUCUUCAGUCUCUGAUCACAUUUGCCUUACCACUUACCCUGUAAACUGGAGGGGGAGGAAGAACUGCAAAAGCUGUUCUAAAAUAAAUUGGCAAACCAAAGGGUGUUUUAUUUUGCUUAUUUACUUACAAAGUUUUUUAAAGUCUAUGUACAUUGUUUAUCCUGGAAGAAAAAAAAGACCAAAACAACAAAAAAUGUACUUCUUUUAAAAUGGCAUCUCUGUGAUAUGUGGCUUUAUUUUUUUUUGUCUUUACCAGAACAGUGUUAAAUUCUCUGAAUUUUAAGAGCCAUUAUGUUUUCCUUUGGUAUUAUUUUUUUUAUUACUGCUUUCAAUAUUUUUACUCCAUUUCUUGCUUAUUUCCCAGAGAGUGUCCUGAACUUUUUGUAAGGAAUUGCUACUUACGUGAGGAUUGUAAUUUUAAACUUGUAAAUACUUAAGGGCUGUUAGUGGCUGUUUGCUGCUCAAAGACAUACAAACCAACCUUGCAUGCUGUAAGUAAACACAUCUGUUGUGCUAAAA